AAACAUUCAUUAAUUAUUGCACAAAUAAGGAUUCGACUAAAUUAGAUGCUCUAAUCUAAUCAAGUAUGUCUGUUCAUAAUCAACAACUAUGAAUUAGCUAAUGCUUUGUACCUUCUUUUUUAAUGGAAUAACUAUAUGUGUGUUUGUGUGUGUGUGUAUGUGAAAGAAAAGGAGAGAGAGAGGAGAGGGAGAAUUUAGAUAAAUCAGGGAAACAUUUGCUGCUUCAAGUUAUUGAAUAACAUGUUACAUGGAUAAAUUUUGUUUAUUUUGUGAAUCUUCUAUAGGGCUGAAGUAUUAAGUUUUUCAUUGGUUCCAUAUAAAUGAAAAUAGUAUAGAAAUAUACUGAAAGAGCCAUGAAAUAAAUGAUUAUAUUGAUUCAUUCUGUAUAUCCACAGUCAAGUUUUUUCUUACAUGAAAUCUUAAUUAGCAUUUAACACUAAUAUGUGAGAUAACUCAGAACCCACCCUCAAUCUACUAGUUGCAGGGAAGUGCCUAAACACUAGGCGUUUACUUUUGAGGAUUAGCCUUGAUAGAUAAAAAUAGUAAGGGUGCGUUUACUUUGGUUGUAAAAUUUUCAUUGGAAAAGGAUGGAUAAGAAAAGAUGAGAAAAUAUUAUCAUUUCCCCCUUUUUUGUCAUAUGUUUACUAGAGAUGAAAAGAUGAGAAAAUGUUGAAAAAUAUUUUCACACCCGUACCUUAGAUAAGAUAAUAUUAUCAAACAUUGGAGAGAAAAUGAGUGAAAAUGGGUUGCCUCCUGAAAAAAAAUUCCACCCUGCCCGGAGAAAAUUUUCCAUCAUAGUGAACAUGUGAAAAUGAUGGAAAAUUGGUGAAAAUAUACAUUUUCUCUCCUUUUCCCAUCAAAGUAAACGCACCCUAAGGCUAAUCCCUUGUUUACUUGGAUGAUUGAAACUUUGGAAUAUCUCAAGACCUUUUUUGAGUAUUUUUAUCAUUUAAGUUGGUUUUGCUUGAUUCAUAUCUUAUUAAAAACCUACUCUUGAGGAUAAAAAUACUCAAUCAUGCAUUUUAUCUAUCAUGCAAAGUAAACGCUUCCCAGAUGUUUUCCAUGUUCAUCAGCAUAACAUUUUACCAAUUAAAUAUUUGCACUGUAAUAUAUACAUAUUCUCAGUGAAUACAUUCUCUCUAUAUAUAUGUUAUAGUUUAAUUACUCUAUAUGUAAAAGGAAUCCAAGCAUAUGGAUGAGCAUUUGGAAACCUUGACGGAUGUGCCGACAAUCAAUCUUUCUCUACUACAUCAAGAUCCUCACAGCAGAUUUAUGGUUAUCAAGAAAAUUCGUGAAGCUUGCCACACAUAUGGACUUUUCAAUGUUAUUAAUCACGGGAUACAUGAUUCAGUGAUAGAAGAUGCUUUAAAUGUGAAUGCCAGAUUCUUUGAGAUGCCAUUAGCAGAAAAAGAGGAGCUCAUUUCAGAUGAUGUACAGAAACCAGUGAGAUUUCAGCAUGUAAAUCGUGGAGAUUAUUCAAAGGAUUUCCUCAAGCUCUAUGCCCAUCCACUUGAACACUUCAUCUCAUAUUGGCCAAGUUUUCCUCCUGACUAUAGGGCAACCUGCUACAGAUGACUAUGAUGACACCGCCCAGCAUAAACUCUGAGCUGUACUACCUGAACAAGGAAGACCGGUUGCUCCGUUGGCUUCUGAUCAAACACCGUGACUUUAAAUUCGGAGGGGGCUCCACAGGUGAAGUUGAUAUCGCGAACGAGCUCAGAGAUUUCAGUACUAUUUUUAAAGAUGGCAAAAUUAUUGAAGAGGAGGACGAUGAAGAUGACGACGACGAUGAUGAUGAUGAGCAAUCUGAAUCAGGAGAAAGCAUGAAUUAGAGAUGUUUUCCUUGUCUUCUUGGUGUGGUUUUUAUGUGAUUAGGUCGACUGAAACUCGUAGUGUGAUAAAAUGAAAUAUGCAAUCAUUUUGUAUUGAAUGAUGCUGCAAUUUGUGAUUCUGUGUCAAAUGCAGAUGUUGAAAGUGAUUGGUAGGGGAUUUUCUUAUAUCCAAAAAAUUCUUCUUUUUUUGUUC